CAUCCCUCACGCAUUGCGGAAUAAUCCCCUCUCUUUCUUUGCACCCACCUCCAAUCCCCAUGCGACAUGCCAUGAACCAGCCCCGGUGCUCCUAAUACUGACCUAUGCACUGCUGCUGCUGCUGUUCAGUGACAGACGGAACGCAAUCCUCCCCCACCUCUGCCUCUGAAGGAAGGCUCGCACUAUAGCUUGGUAGCUACUUUACUUUACCCAAGUAGCUUGCUUCAACAUCCGCCCACAUCCACCCACACCACAGCUGGCGCUGAAUGAACCCGCCAUGGCUGAUCAGUCCGCGCCGCCCGCCAACGAGCACGAUGAGUCGGAAAUGCAGGGCAAACCACAAACUCAGGGAGAAGAGCUGCACGACGUGCCCCUGACCGCAGACGACCAUGACCGCGAGGCAUCCACCACCACCACCGACAACACCACCAGCACACCAUCCCAGUCGGCUCCCCCAACACCGCGGGGCCCUUCCGAACACAAACCACCAGCAUUAAAUACUCCCACCGUCUCUCUGCCCAUCGCCGAACCGUCCACCCCUCAGACUGCCGACUUCUUUGAGUCGCGCAUGCAUGCCGGCAACCGAUCCAGGACCGAUUCGCAGUCGACCGCGGCCACGGCUGCCACUACCGCUACCAAGCCCUCCACCCGGAGCUCCCUUGUCUUUGUCGUCACAGCCUUGGAAAACAUCGCAAACUCAAAGGAUGCGAGGAAGAACAAGAAACUCGGCGAUGCCCUGUCUACCGCCUUGUCCGCUAUCAAGCAAGAGGGCGACCCCGCCCGCAUCAAUCCCGAGAUUCUCUUUGAACCGCUUCAAUUGGCCUCCGAGGCACCCACCGUCGCCGUUUCCAUCACUGCUCUUGACUGCAUCGGCAAGUUGAUCAGCUACUCGUACUUUUCCGUUCCCUCCGAACCCCAACCCCAGGGCGAAAGCGAGGUAUCGCCUCUCAUAGAAAGAGCCAUAGACACAAUAUGCGAUUGCUUCCAGGGAGAGGCCACUCCGCCCGACGUCGGUCUUCAGAUCGUCAAAUCCCUCCUGGCUGCUAUCCUCAACGACAAGAUUGUGGUACAUGGAGCGGGUCUGCUCAAAGCAGUUCGGUUGACAUACAACAUAUUCUUGCUCUCUAGGUCGAGCGCAAAUCAGCAGGUCGCGCAAGGCGCAUUGACACAAAUGGUUGGCACCGUGUUCGAGAGGGUCAAAUCAAGACUCGCAAUUAAGGAGGCUAGAGACAACUUCUCCCGUACAUCGCUCAAUGGCAAUAACGGGUCCCUGGAUCACAUCCCGGAGCAUGCUGAAGACCAAACUCAACGCCUUGAUACCCCAGAAGAGGGGGAUGGUAAAGGCGAAGAAGAAGAUGAGGACCACCUCGAUCCCGAAUCUGGCGAGCCGCGCGACAAACCUGUUGACGUACAUACCGGUCCCAAGAUUACUCUGCAAAGUUUCGAGAAUAAUAUGAGCUUUAACGACGAUCGGAUACAUGACAAUGCUCCGACGUUGGUGACACGGAUACGAGGGAAACCUAGCUCCCGACAAGUGUCUGGUCUUGAUGCUUCGCCGAACCCGCAAGAAGCCGAACCCACAGAUGAAGAGGAAGAAGAUGAGAUAUUCGUCAAAGAUGCCUACCUAGUUUUCAGAGCCAUGUGCAGACUCAGUACCAAAUCGCUGUCUGUGGAUCAUGCUACUGACGUGAGAUCGCAAGGUAUGCGAUCAAAGCUCCUUUCGCUGCACAUCAUCCACACGGUCCUUCACAACAACAUCGCCGUCUUUGUAUCGCCUUAUGCAACGAUUCGAAGUGGCAACGGAGACGAGCCCACUACGUUCAUUCAAGCAAUCAAACAAUAUCUAUGCUUGAGUCUGAGCCGGAACGGCGCAAGCUCUGUCAGCAAGGUCUUUGAAGUCGCCUGUGAGAUCUUUUGGCAGAUGCUCAAAUAUUUGCGUGUCAUGCUAAAGAAGGAAGUAGAGGUCUUCUUGAAAGAAAUCUAUUUGGCCAUUCUGGACAAACGCAGUGCACCGGCCUUCCAGAAACAGUACAUUCUCAACGUGUUUGGCAGACUGGCUGGAGACCCCCGAGCAUUGGUUGAGAUGUACCUCAACUACGAUUGCGACCGUACUGCGCUCGACAACAUGUACCAACGAGUCGUGGAACAUCUGUCGCGAAUAAGCAGCUCUUCGGUUGCAGUAACGCCCAUGCAGCAACAAGCAUACUCGGAUCAUCGUGAUAAGCAAGCCAAGCAAUCCGACUGGCAGACCCGGGGUACUUUGCCGCCCUCCCUCUCAACGGCAUCGAUGAACUCUCCACAUGAGGCUGAAAACGCAUAUCCUCCCGAGUAUGCUAUGAAGCAGGAAUCUCUUGCUGCUCUGGUGGAAAUCCUUCGUUCCCUGGUCAACUGGUCUCAGCAAUCGGUCGCCAAUGUUGAGAAGAACUCCCACUCCAAUCUCGAUGUGAGAAGUUCAGUGGACACCAACCUCAGACCGUCUGUUGACUCAAGAGCUCUUGCCGAAUCACCUGUUGUGGGUACCGAUUCUGGUACUGCUACACCUCUAGCAGAAGACGACUACAGCGAGCUGGAGAAAGCAAAGCAGAGGAAAACUGCCCUAACUAAUGCAGUGCGGCAGUUCAACUACAAGCCCAAACGGGGUUUGAAAGCCUUAAUUCAAGAUGGCUUCAUCCCAUCUGACUCCCCAGAAGAUAUUGCCCGCUUCUUUAUCAACACCGACCUGCUGGACAAAGCAGCCCUCGGUGAAUUCCUGGGCGAGGGUGACGCUACCAACAUCGCCAUCAUGCACGCCUUCGUUGACCAGAUGGAUUUCACCAAAACUCGCUUCGUUGAUGCCUUGCGGCGAUUUCUCCAGAGCUUUCGGCUGCCUGGUGAAGCGCAAAAAAUCGAUCGUUUCAUGCUCAAGUUCGCCGAACGAUACAUUACAGGCAACCCCAAUGCCUUCGCCAACGCCGAUACUGCGUAUGUUCUAUGCUAUUCAGUCAUCAUGUUGAACGUGGAUCAGCACAGUGUGAAGAUCAAGGGAAACCGUAUGACCCCCGAAGACUUCAUCAAGAACAACCGCGGUAUCAAUGAUAACGCCGAUUUGCCGGAGGACUAUCUGAAGGGCAUCUUUGAAGAAAUUAAGCACAAUGAGAUCGUCCUCAAUACCGAACAAGAGGCCGCCGCCGACAAAGGUUUGAUACAGGCUCAGCCCACCGGAGGUCUUGCUGCUGUAGGACAGGCUCUCACGGGCGGUGGUCGAGACUUGCAACGGGAAGCAUACAUUCAGGCCUCUGAGGCCAUGGCAAAUAAGACAGAACAGCUUUACAAGCAGCUUCUGCGUGCCCAAAGAAAAACCACCAAGAAUGUUCCAGUCUCGAAAUUUAUCCCCGCCUCGUCCUCCAAACAUGUCGGUCCAAUGUUCGAAGUCACAUGGAUGCCCUUUCUCACCGCUCUAUCCGCACAAGCACAGGACCAUAACAUUGAAAUUGUAAAACUCUGCAUAGAAGGCAUCAAGCUCGCUAUCCGCAUAUCAUGUCUCUUCAAUGUCGAAAGCUCUCGACAAGCCUUUGUCGCGUUUUUGUCGCGCUUCACCAAUCUCUAUAAUCUAAACGAGAUGAAAGCGAAGAAUAUGGAGGCUCUCAAAGUUCUUAUUGAGAUAGCGCAGACGGAAGGCGACCUUCUGCGUGAUUCGUGGAGAGAAAUAUUGACAUGUAUUUCACAACUUGAUCGCUUCCAGCUCAUUGCUGCUGGCAUUGAUGAAAAUACAGUGCCGGAUGGUUUCAUGUCACAAACCCAAGGCGCGCAACGAAGAAAUCCGGGCGCUCCACCUAACAGACGGCGCCAAACACCCGGUGGCAACAACAUCAAUUUCCAAGCUGACGUGGUUGAAGAGAGCCGCUCUGCAGACAUCGUAAGAGGUGUAGACAAGAUCUUCACCAACACAGCCAACCUAUCAGGAGAAGCAAUCGUGGAUUUUGUCAAAGCCCUAACACAGGUCAGUUGGCAGGAGAUUCAGUCUUCAGGCAAUAGCGAUUCGCCGCGUACCUACAGUUUGCAAAAGCUAGUUGAAAUCAGCGGUUACAACAUGACCCGUGUCCGAUUCGAGUGGACAAAUAUCUGGCAAAUACUAGGUGCCCACUUCAACGAAGUGGGGUGCCAUACCAACACCAAUGUCGUUUACUUCGCUCUCAACUCUUUGCGCCAGCUGUCGAUGAAGUUCAUGGAAAUCGAAGAGCUUCCAGGUUUCAAAUUUCAGAAGGACUUUCUGAAGCCGUUCGAACACAUCAUAGGCAACACGAAUCAUGUUUCCGUCAAGGAUAUGGUGCUGCGGUGUUUGAUCCAGAUGAUUCAAGCGCGCGGUGAAAACAUCAGAUCGGGCUGGAAGACCAUGUUUGGUGUUUUCACUGUCGCUGCGCGAGAGCCAUAUGAGGGAAUUGUCAAUCUGGCAUUCGAAAACGUUACACAAGUGUACAACACUCGCUUUGGUGUCGUCAUCUCGCAGGGCGCCUUCGCAGAUUUGAUCGUCUGUCUCACUGAGUUUUCGAAGAACUACAAAUUCCAGAAGAAAUCGCUACAGGCAAUCGAGUUGCUCAAAUCGUCGGUGCCGAAGAUGUUGCGUACUCCCGAAUGCUCGUUAUCGACUCAAGCUGGGCUCGUCAAACAGCCAGAAAAGGGAUCAUCCAUCCCAAAACAACCAAGUCGACAGACACAAGAAGAGCAGUUCUGGUUCCCCGUAUUGUUUGCGUUCCACGAUGUUUUGAUGACUGGAGAAGACCUUGAAGUCCGCUCACGAGCGCUGAGCUAUCUCUUUGACACUCUGGUUACAUACGGAAGGGACUUCCCACGAGGAUUCUGGGAUAUGCUUUGGCGCCAGCUGCUUUAUCCCAUCUUCAUGGUACUAAAAUCGAAGUCCGAGAUGUCCAAGGUGCUCAACCAUGAGGAGCUUUCCGUUUGGCUAUCCACCACCAUGAUUCAGGCAUUGCGCAACAUGAUCAAGCUUUUCACCCAUUUCUUCGAAUCUCUGGAGUAUAUGCUGGAUCGAUUCCUCGACCUGCUCGCUCUGUGUAUCUGCCAAGAGAACGACACUUUGGCCAGAAUUGGCAGCAACUGCCUGCAACAACUUAUACUGCAGAACGUCGAGAAAUUCACGCCCAAACACUGGAAUCAGAUAGUGAGAGCCUUCGUCGAUCUCUUCCAACGCACAGAAGCAACUGCGCUUUUCUCGGCAGCUACCACUGGGGCGUCAUCUCAAACUUCCACUCCCAACGUGAAUGGCUCUGGAACUCCAGGAGGCAAAACUCCUACGGCCAGCGACGCGCCGGCAGAACUUUCUCUUCAGGCUCUGGACGACGGCGCAGCAUCAGAGAAUGCUCUCGGCAUCAAUGGUCUAUCAGACUCUCAGCGUCCUUCUCUUGUAGCCUCCGACUCCUCCAGCACCAUAGCGGCUGAACAUCAGCGGAUGCCAUCACCACUUCCUAAGCGUCAGACACAAGAGCUAGAGGACUACAGGCCUGAGAAUCAAGAUCUUCAACAACCCCCGGUUGUUGUUACAGCCGCUCGCCGCCGGUUUUUUAACCAAAUCAUCACGAAGUGCGUACUCCAACUUCUCAUGAUCGAGACCGUUCAGGAACUUUUCACGAAUCAUACCGUGUACGAAAAAAUCCCGUCUGGGGAACUUCUCCGCUUGAUGGUAGUUCUCAAAAAAUCAUAUCACUUUGCUAAGCGUUUCAAUGCUGAUCGCGACCUGCGAACUCGCCUGUUCCGCGAGGGAUUCAUGAAACAACCACCCAAUCUUCUGAAGCAAGAGUCCGGUUCGGCUUCAGUAUACGUUAGCAUUCUGUUCCGCAUGUAUCACGACACGUCCACCGACCGUGCAGCAUCCCGCUCCGAUACUGAGGCUGCACUCAUCCCUCUCUGCGAGGAUAUCAUCAAUUCUUACAUCGAGCUUGACGAAGAAACGCAGCAACGAAAUAUUGUAACGUGGCGUCCGGUUGUCGUUUCGGUGUUAGACGGCUACUGCGGUUUCCCCGCCGGAGAGUUUGAAAAGCACAUCGACGUAUUUGCACCCAUCGUCGUGGGUCUGUUAGGUACAGAGGUUCAAGGGGAUAUCCAAAGAGCGGUACAGGCUCUGGUCAUGAGGAUAUUCGAAACUAAGUUGGGACUACAGCGGGUCCCGCUCAUGACGCCUUUGGCGAGAAGCCCUAGAGGGAGUUUUGGGAGUCCAAUGGUAGGCCGAAGGACGAGUCGCGGGCGUUGA